AAUGUCAAAACAAAGUAAUAAAUGCAAAGUAUAAACUGUUUUGUUUUAUUUUAAUAAAAUUAAAUAUUUUAAUAUGCGAUGGAACGAAACCGUUACAUUGGAAUUCGUAAAGAUAUAUUUAAAACACGAAUGUUUAUGGAAUCCAUCACAUCCAGAUUACAAGGUAAAAUACCAAAGAGAGAAAGCCUACGCGGACAUUGCGUCCGAAUUUCAACUUUCUACGAUGAAAAGUUUAAGUAUUCCUGAAAUAAAGAUUAAAAUAAAAAACUUAAGAACUACAUACAUGCAACAAGUGCACAAGAUAAUCCAGUCUUCGACUCCAGACUGCAUAUAUGAGCCAUCCUUGAUAUGGUUUCAUGAAAUGGAUCAAUAUAUGAAAAAUAUUCCUACAAACAGACAUUCUACUUUAUACGAUACUACUCAAGAAGCUUCUGAAGUUGACUCAUCCUGUCACAUAUGGGUCGAAGGAGAUCUCCCAAAUGACAAUACAGAAGAAUCUGACACAAAUCCACUAAACCCAACCGACACGGAAUGUGAUACAUCAAAACCCGGAGCUUCCUUGCAUAUAAAGAAAGAAGCAGAUGAUUCCUCUCAAUCAUUUGACAAAGUCAAAAAGAAGAAAACAAAACACCAAUCUUCUGAACAGGAUUAUUCAACAGAUUCAAUGUCAGAAUCUGUUGCUUUAGAAGAUGAGUUUGACAUUUAUGGUAAAUACAUAGCUGCACAACUCAGAAAUAUGGAUUUGCAUAAAGCCUUGCAACUGCAGUUAGAAAUUAAUAACCUUGUUGGUAAAGCUAGAAUUUCAGAACUUUCUAAUGAGAGUUGAAAACAUUACUAAAAUAUUUAGUUUUGUAAAUAUAGGAAGUGUUUAUAAUAAAUUAAUAUUUUUUU